AUGGCGAAUGACGAACUCCAAUCUCUAGAUUUAGGUUACGACCCCAACUUCGUCCCCGAUUCCGUCAAAACCUUCGUCGUCCAUCUCUAUCGUCACAUCCGAGAGAAGAAUGUAUACGAGAUCCACCAGAUGUACGAAAGCUCCUUCCAAUCUCUAUCGGAGCGUCUCUUCAAGGACACUCCUUGGCCCUCCGUCGACGCCGUCGCUCAGUACGUCGACAACGACCAUGUCUUCUGUCUUCUGUACCGUGAGAUGUGGUUUCGCCACCUGUAUGCGCGUUUGACUCCUACUGUUCGCCAGAGAAUCGAUUCGUGGGAUAAUUACUGUAAUUUGUUCCAGUUUCAGAGUUUUUGUCAGUAUCGGGCUAAGAUGAAGAAUAAGAAUGAACAGGAAAUUGCUCUCUUGAGACAGUUUGAUCAGGCUUGGAAUGUUUUCGGUGUUUUGAACUUCUUGCAAGCUCUUGUUGAGAAGUCAACGAUUAUUCAGAUACUAGAGCAAGAGAAGCUAGGGCUUGAGCAAUUCACUGCUAAUGACGGUUAUGAUUACAAUGGGGGUAGCAAUGUCUUGAAGGUUUUGGGGUAUUUCGGUAUGGUUGGCUUGCUGAGGGUUCAUUGUCUCUUGGGUGAUUAUCAUACUGGUCUCAAGUGCUUGCAACCUAUUGAUAUUAGUCAGCCUGGUCUCUACACCAUUGUUAUUGGAUGCCACAUUACAACCAUUUAUCACUAUGGUUUUGCAAAUCUUAUGCUCCGCAGAUAUGUGGAAGCAAUUCGAGAAUUCAACAAAAUUCUCUUGUACAUCUUUAAGACAAAGAUGUAUCAUCAGAAAUCUCCUCAGUAUGAACAGAUUUUGAAGAAGAAUGAACAAAUGUAUGCCUUGUUGGCGAUAUCCCUCUCACUCUGUCCACAGAGCAGGCUCGUUGAUGAAACCGUGAACUCUCAGUUGCGAGAGAAGUAUGGUGAAAAGAUGACUAGAAUGCAACGGUAUGAUGAUGAGGCUUUUGCUAUGUAUGAUGAGCUCUUCUCAUAUGCAUGCCCCAAAUUUAUUACCCCAUCAGCGCCCAAUUUUGAUGAACCUCUAGUAAACUACAACCAGGAUGCCUAUAGACUUCAAUUGAAACUGUUCCUUUAUGAAGCAAAGCAGCAGCAGUUGUUAUCAGGUCUCCGGACAUUCUUGAAAGUAUAUUCAACAAUCUCCCUUGCAAAACUCGCCAGUUACAUGGAAGUAGAUGAACCAACCUUAAGGACUAUCUUGAUGACAUACAAGCACAAGACUCAUGCUGUCGAUACUGCUGGAAAAGUUAUAUCCAAUGCUGAUGUGGAUUUCUAUAUCGAUGAUGACACAGUUCAUGUUGUGGAGUCUAAACCUGCCAAAAGAUAUGGGGAUUACUUCCUGCGUCAGGUGGUUAAGCUUGAAGGAGUGAUCAAUGAGAUGGACAGUAUAAAGCUGGAGUGA